CAGUUGCAGUGAAGGCGACCUGCUGUUUGUGGUAAAAUAAAUAAAACAGCAGGCCUUGCCUUGGAUUAAGCACCUGAAUUUCUGAGAAGCACGACCAGCUAGUUUCCUAUGCAACCUUCUGUUGAUGGCUGCUCAUUCCGUUGAAUCAGAAACAGGCAGUGAAACAGACAAUCACCCUUUACUCAUAGACCAAAUGGAAAGCGCUCAUCGCGAGAUCGCAAUUGACAGCCCAAGGGAUGACGCUGCUUCUCCAUCAACAUCUCGUCGGGAUAAUAGCGAUAGCUCGGAUCGGUUGCCUCGUAUCCCAGAAAGUUCUUCAGAGACAACUACUAAUGCAUCUAACUCCCAGAAUGCUCCUGGAGAAAGACGAGAUGAUAGCCGUGCCCGUCGUCAGCAAAGUCCUUUGAAUUCUAUUUGCUGGAUCUCGGUUGAGCUUGUUGUAACAGUUAGCCAGAUUAUAGCUGCUAUUUGCGUUCUAGCAUUAUCAAGGAAUGAACAUCCACAUGCUCCGUUAUUUGAGUGGGUCAUUGGUUAUACAGUAGGUUGUAUUGCUACUCUGCCUCUUCUUUACUGGCGCUAUCUCCAUCGCAACCGCCCAACAACUGGGCAAGAACCAGCAAGUCAGAACUUCCCCCCAAACAGCAUUCCUGACUCCAAUUCUCACACAGCAAGUUCAGCUCCUCGUGUGUCUGAAGCUGGUUUUGUAACUGACACAAAUGGAGUCACGCAAAACAAUGCACUCACCCGAAAUCCAAGGGCCCAAGCUUAUGCUGAUCACUUCAGGAUGGCCCUUGACUGUUUCUUUGCUGUGUGGUUUGUUGUGGGGAAUGUGUGGGUAUUUGGUGGACAUUCUUCUGCCCAUGAUGCACCCAACUUGUACAGGUUGUGUAUAGCCUUCCUCACAUUUAGCUGCAUCGGCUAUGCUAUGCCUUUUAUUCUCUGCGCAUUGAUAUGUUGCUGCCUACCCUGCAUAAUCUCCGUAAUGAGCUUCCGUGAAGAUCAAAAUCAAAAUAAAGGUGCUACUUCAGAAGCAAUCAAUGCUUUGAGAACAUACAAGUUCAAAACAAAGAAGGCUCGUACUGGUGAAGGAAAUGAAGUUGGUGGUGGAGUUGUGGCUGCUGGAACAGACAAGGAGCGGCUUGUAUCUGCUGAAGAUGCUAUUUGCUGUAUCUGCCUAGCAAGAUACUUGAAUAACGAUGAGCUCCGAGAGCUUCCUUGCACUCACUUCUUUCACAAAGAUUGCGUUGAUAAAUGGCUCAAGAUAAAUGCGCUAUGCCCCCUCUGCAAAGCUGAGAUAGACAGUGGUCCAACAACUGCCCCUUCUAUUGGCUUUGGGCGUCGCCACAGUGACAACAGGGUAGGAAACGACAUCGAAUCACAACUGUAACUUCGCCUUCUCCAAUGACACCACAACACAUGCUCGUUGUGGCUUCAACCAAACAAUAUGUAAAUUAUGAUGUGGAAUAGUUGAAAAAAAUGUACGGGUACUUAUAUUAUCUAACAAGUUCGUACCUGUCUGAU